UUGAAUAAGAAAAACAAAAGCUUUUCACAGCUUCAGAAUCUUAAAAUGAUUGAUCUGUCUUACAGCAAAGUUCAACGAUUGCCAAUAUUAAACUCCCGGAACUCCAACACUAAUUGCCUGGAACGGCUCCUAUUAAGAGGUUGUGAUAGGUUAACCAUAUUGCCCAAUUUGAAAUCAGUGUCUGGCCUCCAGAUUCUUGAUAUUUGUGGUGCCAAUAAAUUAAAGACAAUUACUGGAGAACAAUUUGAAAAAAAAGACCACCUUAAAAUCCUCGAUCUAUCAGAAACUCCAAUAAAAAACUUGCCUUCCAACAUUGCGAAUCUUUGUGAUCUUAAAUUGAAAGGAUGCACUGAGCUUGUUGAACUAUCAUCUGUGAAAGCAUUGGAAGAGAUGAAAAAGCUUCAGGUUCUAGAUCUUUCAAAAGCCUCUAGAUUGAUAAGUCUUCCAUCUCUUUCCAAACUUGGGCUUCUCCGUCAUCUCUUUCUUAAAGAUUGUUCUUCACUACAAAAUCUUGCAUCAAUGGAAGGGCUUGUGAGCCUUGAGAUUCUUGACCUCUCCGGUUGUGAGAAGCUGCUUAAGUUGCCCCAGUUGAAAGACUGCCAAAGACUUGAGCUUCCAGAUCUUUCAGGUUGUAGUGCUUUGACCACAAUUGAUGGAUCCUUUGAAUGCAUGUCUCGUCUUCAAAAACUAAAUCUCUCUGAUACUAAGAUUCAAAGAGUACCAGAUCUAAACUGCACCGAGCUAAAAGAUUUUUCACAGGCAAAAGUCCUUUUGAAACUCAAGGACCUUGAUCUUAAUGGUGUGAAAUCUUUGAGUAAUGCCCCAGAUGAAUUUUGGAAGACUAUGAGUAACAUUGAAGCUCUCAGCCUAUGUGGGGUCAUUCUUCAUGACUUCAAAUUUAUCUCCAUCCUCACCAAUUUGACUCAGCUUUCAUUAACAAUUCAUUCGGGUGCAGAAAUAGAUUGUCAUUUGGGAGAACUUACAAAGCUUCAGGUUCUAAAUCUAUCUGAAACAGCCAUGGAGGCAGGAUCAUCUGUCACUAAACCUAGGAGUCCCCUCACUCUUCAAUCUAUUGGGAAACUUAUAAAUCUCUUUGAGCUCUCAUUAUGUGGUUGUUCGAGCUUAGAAAGCAUGCCUCCCCUGGAAUCACUUGGUCAUCUGCAGGUCCUUAAUUUAUCAGGCACUGGAAUAAAAGAAUUCCCCUACGUAAUAUCAGAGUUGGCUUGCUUAAAGUGCCUUGUCCUGCCAGACUUGGCCGUCAUUCAAAGACUUGAUUGGAGCAAGAUAAAGCGCCUGCCAGAGGAACUUAGCUGGGAAAAAUGUAGCAUACCUGAACCUACUGAGAUUUCUGCUCAAAGCAGUAAUCUUUACUUGCAGGUGACUAGAGCAAAGUUUUUUGAGAUCUUGGAGAAAAACCCAAAUUUCUGGAGAAACUGCUUCAAAGAGUUUUAUGUUUCGGUUUGCUUCAAUGAGCAAGAAAAAGGCAGGCUUUGCCGUGGUGGGUUUUUGGAAUUUCGUGGGUCUAGUGGAUCUGACAAUUUCCCUCCACAUGUUAAGGAAGCCAUCUCAGAAGCUGAAAAAAUCUGUUUCAUUGACGAUAUCUCUACAAGUUGCUCGUCCAUGUUCAGUGCAUUUGAUGUUAAUGAAAUAAAAGGUUGUUGGCUGGAGAGAUGCCCCGAAGUGGAGAAAGUAUUUUGCCAUGAAGAUGGAGAAAUAAAGGAGAAAAAGCUCGAGAUUCUGUGGGUAUCCAACCUUCCAAAACUAAAUAGUGUUUGCAGCGAGAAAUUGCAUACUGAUAGUUUUAAUAAUCUUAAACAUUUGUACCUUGAUUGUUGCCCAGAGCUUGAAAGUCUCUUCCCUCCAACUCAGCUUCCCAGAUUCCUAGAAACCCUUAAAGUUAAAUUCUGCGAUAAAGUGAGGAAACUUUUUGACUGCACGGGGGGUGAAAACUUUAUAUUGGAUAAUUUGAAAGUAUUAUAUCUUUUAGAUUUGCCAGAGCUGGAGAGAGUUGGGGUUAAAUUACCUCGUGAGACAGAAUAUACUCACAGGAACUGCCCAAAGCUGCAGGACACUGGAGAGAGUCUGAAAUCUAACUGAAAGACAGAAAGCCACUGAAUGACUCAGAACAACAGUUUGUAUAUGUUAUAUCUCCCUCAAUAACUGUUAGAGGAUGUCAACGUAAGCUAACUGAAGAGAGGAGUAAAGCAAUGGAAUACAGAAUGAUCUACAUCUUGCUGUCAUAUUAUGUUUACUUGCUGCAUGUUUGAGGAACAGAAUCCUUGCAGAUCGUAGCAAGAGUUAUGUUUCUCAUUAAUAUUCUCUGUACUCUUAUUAAUUCACAUGUAAUCUCAACCAAUCAUUCUGUAUUCUUACCUCAGUUGAAACUGUAAGCAACUCUAGAAAUUUCAAUUCAUGGAUUUGCUCAAACAAAUCUUGAUCUCAUAAUAGAAGUAGCCCAAGUAUUUCUCUU